AUAAAAAUAAAAAUCCAAGCUCUCCGCUCUCCAGUCUCUAGCUAUCCGAAAAAGGAGGAAUUGCAUGCAUCGAUUUAGCAGCAGCAAUAAUUAAAAUUAAAUUAAAUUAAAAGAAAAAUGACUCAAUUGCUGUCUUCUGUGUGCACGGAUGUUCUUAAGAUUCAAAACCCAUUGAUUAAAAUUGGUUCAAGAUUGCUUCCAAAGACCAACACCGCUACUCCUUGGAGUUGGAAUUGGAAGCGAAGAUCAUCAUCAGGCUUUGGCAGACACAGGGUUGCAACUAAUGAAUCGCCGCCGGUGGCCGAUGACUAUUAUGCUGUUCUGGGUCUGCUUCCAGAUGCCACACCGAAGCAGAUUAAGCAAGCCUAUUAUAAUUGCAUGAGAGAAUGUCAUCCAGACUUGAGUGGGAAUGACCCUGAAACCACAAAUUUCUGCAUGUUCAUUAAUGAGGUCUAUGCGGUGCUCAGUGACCCAUUGCAACGCAUGGUUUAUGAUGAAAUUCAUGGCUAUGCAUUGACGGCAAUUAAUCCUUUCUUGGAUGAUUCUAGCCCCAAGGAUCACGCAUUUGUCGAUGAGUUUAGUUGCAUAGGCUGCAAAAAUUGUGUCAAUUUGGCCCCUGAUGUAUUUGGAAUUGAGGAAGACUUUGGAAGAGCCAGAGUAUAUAGCCAAUGUGGAAACCCUGAAUUAGUGCAACAAGCAAUUAACAGUUGCCCAGUUGAUUGUAUCCAUUGGACUUCUGCUGCACAACUGUCUUUGCUUGAGGAUGAAAUGCGCAGAGUAGAAAGAGUGAAUGUUGGACUAAUGCUUUCAGGGAUGGGGUCAGCAUCAGUAGAUGUUUUCAGAAUGGCAAAUUCCCGAUGGGAAAAAAGGCAAGCAAAAGUCCUGGAGCAAGCUAAAAUAAGGAUCAUGAAGCAGAAAGAUUCCAAUAAAACUGAAUCAUACUGGGCUAAUAUUUGGGGUGAGCCAAAAGACUACAAAAAAUCAGAGGAGGAAGUGAAAGAGAGAGCUAGCAGAGCUGCUGCGGCAGCAAGAAAAUGGAGGGAGUACUCACAGAGGGGUGUUGAUAAGCCUCCUACUUUUAAACUUCCAGAGACAAUCUCCAACAAAGAUAAAUGAUCGGUUCAGUUGAUAUUGCUACUAAUUCGCCUACACCUACAAGUAAUUGAACAAUUCAGGAAGAUCUACUCCUCCAAGUAAUGUAAAAUUCCUAUUGAAAAUUCGACUGUGUAUAUAUGAUUAAACGAAAUCCUAGUGAUCAAUAAAAAAGAAAAAAAAAAGAUAUUUUACAAAAUAAA